AUGUUUUCGUCAUUGGCUCAAACAACUAGGUUCCGCCUCAAUCUUCUCUGCCAUGUCAGCUCGCUUUUUUCGCUGGCGCGUCGGACGACUCGGGCCAAGCUUUCCAACGAUGAGAACAGCGGAGGCAUUUUACUAUUGGAUGAAGCGAGUUCAAGUGUAGACCAGGAGACUGAACGGGUGAUGCAAGAUACUGUCCGCUCGGAAUUUAAGGGCUUCACCGUGAUUGCGGUGGCGCAUCGGCUGGAGAUGAUUAUGGAUUUUGAUCAGGUGGUAGUUAUGGAUAUAGGAAAAAUUGUGGAAAUCGGAAAUCCUGAAGUACUCAAAGGGCUGGCUGGAUCGAGAUUUGGGGAAUUAGUCAACGCUGGGGCAAAUUAG